UCUGGCCAUGCCGGUACGCCCACUCUACAACGACAGUCGGCAAACCACGUGAAAAUUAAAAACGAGGUGGUCGAAGUCGCCAAAAUCAUUUCUGUUUUGUUUGAGUUCGUUGUUCGUCGAAACCGAGCACCGAGCUUAGGAGACUUCUCUGCACUCUGUGUAUCUUCAUAUCUGUACACGAGCAGCAAGAAAACUAAUAUGAUGGAGACUCCAAAAGCUAAGAGGUCAUCAAACAUGGAGCCAGAAAAUGUAUCUUUGCGAAAAGAUUCGCAAAAAGCUUUCAGCAAAGCAAUGACCAGCAUCAAGAAGCUAAUCAAGGUUGGAAAGGUGAAGGUUCCCAAAGAGAAGAGCAACACCAAUGAGCGAGGCGUUGUUUUAAUCAGGCACGUCCCACACGGUUUUUACGAAAAGCAGAUGGAUCUUUUUUUCAAUCAGUUUGGAAAAGUGACCAAUGUGAAGCUCUACAGAAGCCACAAAACAGGCCGUAGUCUUGGCUACGCUUUUGUUGAAUUUAAGGUGAAAGAAGUUGCUCCAAUUGUGGCCGAAACCAUGAACAACUACCUGAUGUUCACAAAAUUACUGAAAGCAACAGUCAUUGAGAACCCUGGGCCUAAAAUCUUCAUUGGCCGCAAGAUCAACGAAACAAACUGCACUGGAACCAUUCGAAGGCGUCGGGAGAUUCAAGCUAGCAACAAAAAACUCUCUGAUGAUGCUGUGAAGGAGCGGGCAAAGAAAGGCAACAACAAGCUGAGGAAGAUGCAGAAAAAAAUUAAAGACCUUGGAGUUGACAUGGACAUUCAAGUAGCUGGAUCUAUUGCUGAUCAGGCCAAUACCACUGCCAAUAGCAGCAUGGUAAGUGUCGAUUUUUCGAGUGACGAAGAGAUUUCUGUGAGGAUGAGGAGGAAGUCUGUUGUUGAUUCUAUCAAUAUUCCAAACAAAGCUAAGAAAGGUACCAAGAAGAUCACAAAAGGUUCUACCGAUUCCCCUCUUUCGAAGAGCGCUGUCAAGAAACCCAGGAAAUCAUUGAUGAAAAAAAGGAAAUCUAUGGUGUGAAUUUUGGAUUGAUGGAACUGAAAGGUUUACUACAAUUAAGAAAAUAACAUGCAAAAUAACAUUAAUUCCUUUUGUAUAAUCUUUCAUUAAAAAUUUAUCCAAAUACUUACCAAAUUGUUUUUCU